ACUCCAAACGAUUUUCAUUAGACAACAACCUCGUCCACAAACAAUCCAUACCCCCUUAAAAAAAAUGAACAAGAUGAUUACCAUCACGUUGUGCGCUGUUCUCGCUGUGGUUACGGCUCGUCCCCAAGUGUUCCAAGCAACUGGAACUGGCUCAGGAUUCGGAACUGGUGGUAAUCCUCUGUUCGGAAAUGGAGCUGCUCCUCUUCUAGGUGGGGCUGGAGUUCUUCCAGUACAACCAGCUGGACAACUAGCUUUCCCCGGUUUCAAUCUUGGUACGGGAUCCGGAGCUGGAGCUGGAACGGGUAACGCUGGUCCUGGAGGAGUGUCAGCUUCAGGGGUUGGCAUUUCGAGCGCACAGAACGGCGGAGUCGGUACUGGUACCGGUACUGGAACAGCUUUCCUCAACGCUUUCACAGGUCAGGCAGGAGCAACUGGCACAGGAAGUGGAAGCAGUGUCGGUAAAUAAGUCAGCAUUCAUCCUCUAAAGUCACUUCAUGAGCACCACUGAUCAACCCAACAUACAUCGAUCUUGAAUUUUCUUUUUGUUUUUGUUUGUCUUUUUCUUAUUGUUUGGCCUUUUUUGGUUGUUAAUAAAGCAGUAACCGAAUA